AUGAAGAUGCUUCCCGGCGUGGGUGUGUUUGGGACCGGCAGCUCCGCCCGGGUUCUGGUCCCACUGCUGCGGGCAGAGGGGUUCACGGUGCAGGCCCUGUGGGGGAAGACUGAGGAGGAGGCCAAGCAGCUCGCUGAGGAGAUGAACAUCGCCUUCUACACCAGCCGGACGGAUGACGUCUUGCUGCAUCAAGAUGUGGAUCUGGUGUGCAUCAAUAUGCCCCCUCCGCUCACCCGGCAGAUAUCUGUGAAGGCUCUAGGUAUUGGGAAGAAUGUGGUUUGUGAGAAGGCGGCAACCUCAGUGGAUGCUUUCCGGAUGGUGACGGCCUCGCGCUACUACCCUCAGCUGAUGAGCCUCGUGGGGAACGUGUUGCGCUUCCUGCCCGCCUUUGUGCGCAUGAAGCAGCUGAUCGCCGAGCACUACGUGGGCGCAGUGAUGAUAUGUGACGCACGUGUCUACUCGGGGAGCCUGCUCAGCCCCAACUAUGGCUGGAUCUGCGAUGAACUCAUGGGCGGCGGGGGCCUGCACACCAUGGGCACCUACAUUGUGGACCUGCUGACCCACCUUACCGGCCAGAGAGCUGAGAAGGUCCAUGGGCUGCUCAAGACCUUUGUGAGGCAGAAUGCGGCCAUCCGCGGCAUCCGGCACGUCACCAGCGAUGACUUCUGUUUCUUCCAGAUGCUCAUGGGCGGGGGUGUGUGCAGCACAGUAACUCUAAACUUCAACAUGCCAGGCGCCUUUGUGCACGAGGUCAUGGUGGUGGGCUCCGCGGGACGCCUGGUCGCCCGGGGCGCGGACCUCUACGGGCAGAAGAACUCUGCCCCGCACGAGGAGCUGCUGCUGAGGGACUCGCUGCCCGUGGGUGCGGGGCUGCCCGAGCAGGGCGCCCAGGACGUCCCGCUGCUCUACCUGAAGGGCAUGGUCUACAUGGUGCAGGCUCUGCGCCAGUCCUUCCAGGGGCAGGGGGACCGCCGCACGUGGGACCACACCCCUGUCUCCAUGGCCGCCUCGUUCGAGGACGGGCUCUACAUGCAGAGUGUGGUGGAUGCCAUCAAACGGUCGAGCCGAUCUGGGGAGUGGGAGGCGGUAGAGGUGCUGGCAGAGGAGCCCGACGCCAACCAGAACCUGUGCGAGGCGCUCCAGCGGAACAACCUGUGA